AUGCGGUCUACUCUCAUCACCGGCCUCAUCGCCGGCCUGCUUUCCCAGCAAGCCGCUGCCCACGCCAUUUUCCAGGCCCUCUGGGUCGACGGCGCCGACUAUGGCUCGCAAUGCGCUCGUGUUCCUCCUUCUAACUCUCCUGUCACAGAUGUGAGCAGCAAUGCUGUGAGGUGUAACGCUGGCACUUCGCCAGUUGCGAAGAAGUGCCCUGUCAAGGCUGGCAGCACCGUUACUGUUGAGAUGCAUCAGCAACCUAACGACCGGUCUUGCGGCUCCGAAGCCAUCGGCGGUGCUCACUACGGCCCCGUCCUCGUCUACAUGUCCAAGGUCUCCGACGCCGCCUCCGCCGACGGUUCCUCCGGCUGGUUCAAGAUCUUCGAAGACACCUGGGCCAAGAACCCCUCCGGCGCCUCCGGCGACGACGACUUCUGGGGCGUCAAGGAUCUCAACAGCUGCUGCGGCAAGAUGCAAGUCAAGAUCCCCUCCGACGUCCCCGCCGGCGACUAUCUCCUUCGCGCGGAAGUUAUCGCUCUUCACACCGCUGGCAGCGCGGGUGGUGCCCAGCUGUACAUGACCUGCUACCAGAUCUCUGUUUCCGGCGGUGGUUCCGCUAGCCCAGCGACUGUCAGCUUCCCUGGUGCCUACAAGUCCUCUGAUGCUGGUAUCCUCGUCAACAUCCACGCUGCUAUGAGCAACUACGUCGCCCCCGGACCGGCUGUGUACUCGGGCGGUAGCUCCAAGAAGGCCGGCAGCGCCUGCGUUGGCUGCGAGUCUACUUGCAAGGUUGGCUCCGGACCUACUGGCACUGCUUCUGCUGCUCCUGUUGCGAGCGCCACGACGGCUCCUGGUGGUGGCAGCGGUGGUGGAAGCGGUGGAUGCAGCGUCGCUAAGUACCAGCAGUGUGGCGGUACUGGCUACACGGGAUGCACGACUUGCGCUUCCGGCUCUACCUGCAGCGCUGUCUCGCCUCCUUACUACUCCCAGUGUGUCUAA